AUGACGACGGAGGUGGAGAAGAAUACGACGACGGAGGUGGUGGAGAGUAAGCAUUUUACGAAGAAGGACUAUGAGGCUUGGGGAGGGCCGAGUGUAUACUGGAGUCGAGUGGCAGAAUCUGAUGGUUUUGAUAUCGAGGAUGUUGCAACAAUACCAGAUAACAUUGGACUGGUAUCGUACGACUGUCAAAAGUCUGCUCGUUAUCCUUAUCCUGUCUUGGUCAAGCGUUAUGCUAUGUUGGGUCUUCAUCGGUACAAUAUGUUGGAGGGAACAAGAUUCCAGCUCCAGGGCCUAUUGAAACUCAACAUGUUACAAAACUGCGUGUCUUCUUAUUACAUGACUUUGAAUGCAAGAGAUUCAACUGGUAGACUUAAACCUUUCAGAUUGGAUGUAACCUGCUCUAUUGCUAGACCUAGAGUUAAAAAAGAUGAAGUUACCACCGAAAAGCCCUUCGUACCUCACUUUCAUGGUUACGCAAUCCCGGAUAGUAAAUUCUUCGAUGGUGAAUUGCCUGAUUGGCCAUUAGAUGAGGCUUUGAAUGAUACAAAACGAUUUUACGUGUUGAAGGAAUUAGAGUGGAAAGAAACUGAGUGUAUUAAUCUCUAUUUGGAACUUUUAAUUUGUGCAGACGAUAGGCGAAGGAUGCGGAACAAAAAGAACUUCUUGUCCAAUCUGGAGAUUGUGAAAGUGGCCAUAGAAACUAAUAUUGAAGAUAUGAAGCCGUCGAAUGAGAGGCUCAAGGCCAAAUGUGCAAACGUCUACAUAACAUUUAAGGGGUUGAAAAAGACUCCCUGGUCUGAAGAAAUUGAUGUUGAACGCAAAGCUAUAAUUAGAAGAGUCAUCGGUAGUACAGGAUCCUUGACCCUCGUGGGUAAGCUUUGGAGUGGAGAAAAUACUGAGAAGCGUUCUAUGACUCUCACGAGUGGUGAAAAUGCCCAGAGUUCUAGAAAGCGAUCUCGCUUUGAGUAG